UGCAACUAUAUAGAUGAGACAGGGAGGGAGGGCCUCCUUAUCACAACCACCGCGGUGCAUGACUUCUUUAGGCUUCACCAUCUGAAUCACUAUUAGCCACUAUAUAUUCUCUCUUUUCCUCUUCCUCUUUUCUCCUCAAUUGUUUUUGGCUUAAUUCUUAUCUGCGAUAGUUGUUGGAAUGAGAGGUUGAAGCUGCCAGCAUGAUCUGAAAACUGUUAGAUUGUGUUUAGAGGUAGAGCUGUGGAGGUAAUGGUGCAAGUUUUUGCCGGCUCAUGAAUUAAAGAAAGAAAUCAACUUACUUCUGUGGUUUUCCUUUAUCUGAAAAUCUAAAAAUGAUUGGUCAACUAGUUAAAACUUCCCCUUAAAUUCAAGAGAGAGAAGAGGAGGAAGUAUACCUUGAUUUGACUUCAUCAGAUCAUCUGGCAGUUUCAAUCCCUCAAUUCGCCAACAGAAGCUAAAAAGUCUGGAUGAAUGCUUAUGGAAAGAGGAAACUCAACAAGAGAUGAUGGGAGGGGGCGAGAAGAAGAGGUCUGAUUUGACGCUAUCCUAUGCCGCGAAUCACUUCUCUACCAGCGGGGCUUCUGUUGCCGUUGCUACAACCGUCACGCAUCCCUUUGAUGUUGUCAAAGUUAGACUCCAAAUGCAGCUGGCUGGUCAAAGAGGACCUUUGGUUGGGAUGGGAACAAUAUUUUCUCAAAUGGUGAAAAAUGAAGGACCUAGAUCACUGUAUUUGGGACUUGGACCUGCGGUAACUAGGUCUCUAAUUUAUGGAGGUCUUCGAUUAGGCUUAUAUGAACCCUCAAAGUAUGUUUUAGAUCACCUAAUUGGUUCAACUAACAUCAUAGUGAAAAUUGCAUCUGGGGCAUUCUCAGGAGCAAUUGCUACCGGAUUAACAAAUCCAAUGGAAGUUUUGAAGGUAAGGUUGCAAAUGAACUCUAGCUCGCAAAUGGGACCCCUUAGGGAGAUCCACAGAAUUGUUUCACAUGAGGGUCUGAAGGCAUUUUGGAAAGGAGUUGGUCCUGCAAUGGCUAGAGCUAGUUGUCUGACAGCUUCACAGAUGGCAACUUAUGAUGAAUCAAAGCAGGCUCUACUCAAGUGGUCUCCUCUUGAAGAAGGUUUUGGUCUACAUCUCAUCUCAAGUUGCAUAGCUGGAACCGUGGGAACUCUUGUAACUGCACCAGUUGACAUGAUUAAAACUCGUUUAAUGUUACAGCGAGAAACCAGUGGUGCCAGAACUUACAGAAAUACACUUCACUGUGGUUAUCAGGUAGUGGUUACUGAAGGAUUUGGAGCACUGUACAAAGGGGGGUUUGCAACUUUUGCACGAUUAGGACCGCAGACUGCAAUCACGUUCAUUGUUUAUGAGAAGCUACGUGAACUGGCGGGAAUGAGGGCAAUCGGAUGAUAUUUGUCAUGCAUGAAAUCGCCAUCACUGGCAUUCAAUUCUGAUUCUACGUCCACUUGAAAUUUUGGGCAAUUGGGAAUCAUUAACUAACUAGGGCUUUCAUCAAAUGAUUUCAUUCAAUUUGUAAACUUAUGAUUUGUUUUCUUUCAGGCUUCUUUAUACCAGUCUAGCAUUUAUUGAUCAAAGAUAAAUUUGAGAGUUGCGCAAUGUAUGGAGUUUCUCCAAAUUGCAUUGGAUCUUCUGAUAAUUGUAAUAAGUGUAGAUGCAUGAUGGAUUAUAACUA